AUGUCGCCUCCUGAACUUCCCUACGUAGCGUUUGCCGCUGCCUUCCUCGUCCUCAUCACUCUGCCAUGGCAUUGGCGUGCUAGAAAUGUUGCAACUCUGGCUAUGGUUGCGUGGCUCUUUGUGAUUAACGUGAUAUACGGCGUCGACGCUGUUAUUUGGCAUCAGAGUAUCCUAGUGAAGGCAGUCGUUUGGUGUGACAUCACGAGCAGAAUUAUCAUUGGCGCUGGGAUUGCGCUUCCGGCUGCAUGCAUGUGCAUCAGCGUCCAUCUAGCCCAAGUCGCCUCUGCCAGUCACAUACAAAAUUCGAGAGCGGAUAAGCGUCGGAGACAAAUCAUUGAGCUUCUACUCUGUUUUGGUCUGCCUAUGCUUUGGAUGGGUCUCCAUUACAUUGUCCAAGGGCAUCGGUUCGAUAUAAUUGAAGACUACGGAUGUCGUCCGAACACGUACAUAUCCAUCCCUGCUAUAUUACUCAUAUGGGUGCCGCCUCUCAUCUUCUCACUUGUGACGGUCAUCUACUCUGGUAUGGCCCUAAUGUACUUCCUCCGGCACCGUAUGACGUUUGCUCGUCUCCUCGAGAACUCGAACAGCGGUCUCACGACCUCUCGCUAUCUCCGACUCAUGGCAAUGGCAUUCACCGAAAUCGUCAUCACCGUAGUCUCAUCGUCCCUGACACUCUGGUUCACGUCCCUCAGUCUUCGGCCUUGGACGAACUUCACUGACGUCCACUGGAACUUCUCGCGCAUCGACACGUACCCUACCGUCUUCCUGCCCGACAUGAUCCUCAACUACUACUAUGCGACUUGGUACAUCAUUCCGUUUUCGUCCCUCAUCUUCUUCGCGUUCUUCGCAUUUGGCCAGGAGGCGAUAAGCGAGACGCGCGCAUGCUUCAUGUGGAUUCGCAAACACGUGUUCGGGUGUUUCCCCCGAUCCGGCAGACUCGGACUUCCGCUCAAGGACAUAUCCGGCUUCAGUAGCAAGCAGUCGCCUAGGCAGUUUGUCUCACUGCCGUCCGCUCCGUGA